AUGGGUCCUACAUGUCUGAACAGUGAGUUCCAGCUAUUGUCCUUCACUUUCAUUUUCUUUCCAGAUUUUCUCCGUUUUGCUAACCUAACUGCCGAAAUCCAGUCAUUGCAAAUCAAUAUUCUAGCCGGUUAUGCUCACGAUCAUCCCACAAUGAUUGACGUGAGUCUUACAAUUCUUAUGAGAAUCCUUCCUUCUGAUCUUCUCUGAUUUCAGAUGGUCACCCGAUCUCCUCAGAAUUUAGGUGAGAAUCUGGUUGCCGUGCUCAGAGGUUUCGAAUGGACACAGGUUCGGUUCCUUCUAGUCAUUCAAACAAUUCAUUUCUGUUUCAGGUUGGUGUCGUGCUUUGCGAUGAGUGCUAUUCCGAUGACAUUCUGGCCAGUGAGCGGGACUUUGGAAUAGUUGAGAACAUUUUCAAAGAGAACAAUUUGGCGACGAAAGAAAUUGUGAAAUUGAAGAAAGGAGCGAUGAGAGAGAUUAUUUCCGAGGAGAUUAGUGUCUUCGAGCCAAUCGCGAGAGGUUUUACUUACAGAACUUGGUAAUCCGAUGAUAACUCAAAUUACAGUAAUCCUAUUGUUCCUCGGGAAUAAUCUAAAUGACUACGUCGAGUUUCUGUCUGCGAUGGCUCUCAAGAACUAUACGACGGAUGAGUACACCCCGGUUAUUGUCAUUUCGAAGUAUGCAUUGGGUGGUAUGGCGCUUCCGUGGCUGACGGACUCUUCGCUCACCGACAUCUUCCAAAGCACUAUAAUUGUGAGUCAAAGGGCAUUGACAUUUCAAAGGAAAUUAUUGAACAUUGAAACGGGAAGCUUCUAAAAAGCAAACAACUCUCUUCGGGGAACUCGAAAUCCCUGGACAGACUUAAUGAUCUUCCAGGUGUACAACAAUUGCUAUGAGCAAUCAAAGAUCUCUUCGUUCCUCGCCAAGUACUCGUUUUCUUCGCUCGAUGAGACGCUCAUCUCUUUGCAAAUGUACGAAGGCUAUCAUCUUCUCGGUUAUUACCUCGAUUCUGCUAUCACCGACACCGCACUCUUCAAUUAUGUCCAGCCGGAAAAGGCCAUCGCUGCCAUGAACAUUCCGGGUCCUUUCGGACCGAUUUUCAUCACCACUACCGGACAGAGACUUGCAGGUCAUUCAUGAGCAUGGAAACUUACUCGUUGUUCCAUUUUAGGCUACGACGUCAUGGUUGUCGACAGAAACCAAACCACGACGAACGGUGUUCGGCAGUUGGGGACCGUCUUGGCGGACAAGAAGUGUCCUCGGCUGGCGUGCCUCAAUCUGGCGCUGAACACGACGUACUUCGAACCGCCGAAAGAUGUGCCGUUGUGCGGUUUCCAUGGAGAGAUAUGCGAUCAGACCGGGUUUGUGAGAGCAGGCGUCUCAUUAGUCCUCCCCCUCCAGCCUUCUUCUUCUGCUUCUUCUUCUGCUUCUUAUUCUCCUUCUUCUCCCCGUUGUCUUCCCAUUUCGAAUAGCGCGCGUGUUAACCACAGAGAUUCAUGAAGUAGAGGCUUAUUCUCCGUUCGGCUCAUGAACAGUGGAGAGACGAAUGUCGAUUCGUCUGAUUACAGUGUCAUCUACGCGAUCCUCAUUGUUGCUGGAGGCUUGGUAAUCGUCGGAAUUGUUGUUACUGUUGUGAAGAGGAUGUGAGUUGAAUCCGUACUUUAAACUUUACACCCAAUGAUAUUGAAUUCAGGAUUGCCAGCGGAAAAGGCCGAUCUAUCAGUAAUCCAUGGCUUAUCCCUUUUACCGACCUCAAAUUCAUUGAUCUCAGGAAUACUGACGGGGUAAUCUCUUUCGAGAAAUAUCACUUUGAACUCAAUAAUCUUCCGAUUUUCCAGAGUCAGCACAUGUCAAUUCAAAGUCUCCAGAGGAACUUUGAGGAAAGGAAAAAGAUGCAGUCUCUGGCUCGUUCCAGUCAAAUCGCAACUGUUGAUCAAUCGUUCGUGCUUGUCGACAAGUUUGUGUUGAGAGAUAAGAUAAAGUUUGACAAGACGGACACGAACAUGCUAUACCCGGUGAGAGAGAUGAGAUCAUGCACUAUGGCUGACUCAUUACUCGCUUAUGCGUAUGACGCUCAACUUUCCAGAUGAAAUCACAUUUGCAACAUGACAAUCUGAACGGAUUCGUCGGGCUCUCCAUCGACUACAAGUCGUCAUUCAUUCACAUUAUUUGGACUCAAUGCUUCCGGUAACGAGCAUGUUUUCUCAAGGCUCAGAAGUCAAAACAAGACCUCAUUUGCAGAGGAAGUCUUCACGAUCACAUCUUCACGAAAGAACGGCAGCGGGGCACGGCGAACAACUUCGAAGGCGCCUUUUUGAGGGAUAUCCUGAAGGGACUCGAGUACCUCCACUCGAGCACCCUCAAUUAUCACGGCAAUAUGACACUCCAUAAUUGCAUGUUGGACUCUCAUUGGAUCGUGAAACUCAGCGGAUUCGGAGUGAAUAGAUUGCUGGUAAAAUGGAAGUCGGGCGGCCUCAUAUUCACAGAGGACCACACUCCGAUAAUCAAGUCGGAAGGUUUGUUGUUGAAAAGAAAGGAACACCAUUUCUCACUUCGUUGAUUCAGAAUUGCACUAUUUCGAUCCGGCUAUCAAGAAUCUCUGGAAGUCUGUCUGCAGUGCUAACACUAACAUUCCGGCGAUUACCAGCAAAAAUACAAAGCAAAACGUGCUGGUGACUCCGGAAAUGGGAAGAAAAGGCGACAUGUACUCUUUCGGAGUGAUUCUUUAUGAGAUCUACUUCAAAAGAAAGUUCGUGGAGCCAUUGGAAGAUUACGCGAGAGGUCUGUUUCUGCCGAAUAACUGCCAACUCUCAAUUAUUCCGUUUUCAGGCGAAGACGACACCGUUCUUAUCGAUGAGGAGAAUGAUAAAAAAGCGAGCAACUUCCCGUUGCCAUUGGUCGUUCCGGAAGGCUUCGAGAUGCACAACGACCUCGUGAAGCUGCUCGAGAACUGUUUCGGUGCUCCCCGACCCGACGUGGCGCUCGCCAGAAAGAUCACGGAUACCGUUCUCAAGAUGUCCGGAUCGCUGGUCGAUUUGAUGAUCAAGAACCUGACGGCGUACACUCAAGGACUGAACGAAACGGUGAAGCAGAGGACGCUGCAGUUGGAAGUGGAGCAGGAUAAGAGCGAUCAACUGCUAGAGGAGCUGCUGCCGAGCAGCAUUGCAAAGAAUUGAAGACGGGAACGAGAGUGGAGGCGAAGAGGUAUAAGAAUGUCACGAUUCUCUACUCGGAUAUCGUUGGAUUCACUUCGCUUUGUUCGGAAAGUGAGCCGAUGGAAGUGGUCACUCUGCUGUCCGGAAUGUACCAGAGAUUCGAUCUGAUCAUCAGUCAGCAAGGAGGAUAUAAGGUGGGCGGGGGAAUCGAUUCCGAACCAAUGCUAUUAUUCAGAUGGAAACGAUCGGAGACGCCUAUUGUGUGGCCGCCGGAUUGCCGGCUGAAAUAGUUACCGAACACGUCAAAAGUAUCAGCAUGAUAGCUCUUCUUCAAAGAGAAGUAAGGACUUUUCGAAAGUGUUGAGCGUUUGCUUAAUGCUUAAUCAUUCUGUUUUCCAGUCUCUUCAUCAGUUUGAAAUCCCUCACCGACCUGGGAAAUAUCUGAACUGUCGAUGGGGAUUCAAUUCUGGAGAAGUGUUCUCUGGAGUCAUCGGACAGAGGGCUCCCCGCUACGCUUGUUUUGGAGAGGCGGUGACGUUGGCAUCGAAAAUGGAGAGCAACGGGAAAGAGGACCGGAUUCAGAUGACGUUACAGAGCCAACAGCUUCUCGCUGAGCACUACCCACACUUCAUUACCAAUCCGAGAGGUGGAGUCACAAUUGAUGUGAGUGAAUUUAGGAGAAUUAUCUGAAAAACGAAGAGAUUUCAGGGAUACGGACAUCUGCUGACAUAUUGGCUUGAAGGAACUGUUGAGGAGAAGAUGAUCGAGUACCGAGACGAGUUGCAGGGAGAGAUCCACAAGUUGACUCAGGGAACAAAUGGUCCCGACGGUGGAGGAGAGAGCUCAUCGGCCAAGCCAAGGGACAAGAGAACAGUUGCGUUGGAGAGAGCGAUGCUGGACAAACAACAGAUGAGCGAGGAGCUGAAAAAAGAGCAGACGAUCCAAGAAGCGUUGAAAGAUCACGAGGAGAAGGUGGAGAUGGCCGAGGUGCUCGUGGACGAGCAGGAUCCACGUGGCGACGCCGACCUGAUCAGCGUGAUCAGCAGUCCCCUGAUGGACGACGACGACGAGGACGGGGCCGGAGUUCGGACGAUCGGACACGGCCGGCUGGACAGUCAGGCGUCCACCAUUCCCGAGAACUGA